UUUUGACUAUUCUCACAGUUGAAGUCAUAUGUUGAAAAAAUGUUAAUUGUACUAAAAGAUCAUAAUAAUUAUCGUGACACGAUUUUUAAAUUCAUUAAACUAACUUUAAUUUGAAAUUUAAUAUUCAUAUGUCUGCUUGAGCUGUUGAAAGUGUCAUUAUUUUCUUAUUUUUAAAGGAUUUAUUCUAGUUUUGAACCAGAUGUUCUAGUCGCUUAUUAUUCCUGUAUUUUGCUUCUCCUUUCCAUUGUAAUGAAUUUACAAAUCAGUUCAAUAUUCUCAUCUAGCUACUUAAUCUGGUCACACCUCAUAUCUGUUCAAUGAAGUUAAUCCUGGUACCCAUAAAACCCGUGAAUUUUGUGUGAUGCCAUACAGUUUCUUUUGCUGUAAUUUAUUUCUACAUCUUUCUUGGUUCACAACAAAAAUUUUGGCUAAACUGAAGUUUUAAAAUUUCAUUCAUGUCGAUUGGAGCUCGAUUUCUAUCGCGUUUGCUUUUAUUUUGCAAGAGGAAGUUUAUCUCAGCAUGGAGUGCACCAAUCGCAAGACUUCAUCGAGCUUGGUAUUUAACCAAACUGGCCAUUCAAACCCUUUGUUACAACCAGCAUUUAGAUUUGAAUUACGCUUUGGACACCCUUUUAGAGCCGAUUUUUUGGUUUGUUGAUCAUUUUACCGCAGCGUUAGGACCCGUUUUCGUUUUUAUGGUCAUAAAUUUCCUUUCAGCUUAUGUUGUGAUUGCAUAUGCCAUUGGCUUGCCUUUUUGGUGGAAUCGAAGUGUACCUGUAACCUGUAUUGCUCUUAUCCUAGGAAAUUAUUUAUUAAUCAAUGUUGUUUUCCACUAUUAUAUGGCUUUAGUUACACCGCCUGGUCAACCUCCACCUGAUCGUCUUCUUUUCGAGGUCAUCUCAAUCUGUAAAAAAUGUAUGACACCAAAGCCUCCACGAACUCAUCACUGUUCGGUCUGUGAUAAAUGUAUUUUGAAAAUGGACCAUCACUGUCCAUGGCUCAACAACUGCAUUGGUCACUUUAAUCAUCGAUUCUUUUUUUCAUUCUGUCUUUUCACUUGGAUUGGAACCAUUUUUGUCAUGAUUUUCGGUGCAGUCAUUGCCUACGAACAUUUCUUCUUAUCUAAUGAUGAUCUCAACACAACUGUUCUAAAGAACAAUUCCACAUCUGUCACAACAAACAAUUCUUUGUAUACAAAAUUAGAGGAACAAAUAUCUUUGCUUCGAAAUGGUGCCAUCAUUUUUGAAUUAUUAUUGACUGUUGGAGUCUUCCUUGCUAUCGGUGCUCUUGGUGGCUGGCAUGCUAAAUUAAUAACCAGAGGAGAAACCUGCGUGGAGACAUAUAUCAACAAAAAAGAGAAAGAAAAAGCUGCCAAACUGAAUAAAAAAUUCAUCAAUCCGUUUGAUAAAGGUCCAAGAGAAAACUGGAGGAUAUUUCUUGGAUUGAAUCGUCCUGAAAUAAGCUUAAAGCAUAUUUUAUUUCCAUCGACUCAUUUACCUAUGGAUGAUGGACUCCGGUCAAGCUGACUAAAUCUAGUGCCAAUCUGAUGCUUGAUGCCCAAGAACGAUUUGAGAUCAGCUAGAGAAUGGUUGAUUUAUACCAGCCAUAUACACAAUCAAAAUAUGAUACCAAAGUACAUAACACAAAGCUUGUAAUAUUCCAAGUUUCUCUACAUUCAGAGAAAAUUAAGAUUUUACUAUCAAAAGAUUAAUUCAGACAAUUUAAGGUACAAAACUGUUCUAACUUUAAUUGAAUGGUAAACAUUUUCACAAUAAAUUUCUGAUUUAAUAUGAAAACAACAA